GGCCUCGAUUGCGCAUGCGCAGUGCCGCAUGUCGAUGUGGCCGAUGGAGAGUUAAACUUUCCAGUUCACACAAGCUAUUCUGAAACAAACCGCCGCCAUGAAACUUUUUAUCGUGACUUUACUUUCUGUCUGCGGCCUCGUCACAGCGAGCGACGACGACAGGCUGCCGAACAAAUGCGAAGUGUGUAAGUUCCUGACGGUGGAGCUGCAGGAUGCUCUUCAGAAAACAGGCAGAUCCAAGGAGGUGCUGGAGCUGGGAGAGGUGCUGGGCACUGGGAAGAGGAGGAGGAAGAUCAAAUACAACACGUCGGAGACUCGUCUGACUGAGGCCAUCGACGACAUAUGCCAGCGCAUCCUUCAGUACAGCGUUCACGCCGAGCGGCCCGGGAGCCUCCGAUACGCCAAGGGGGCCAGUCAGACCAUGACGACUCUGAAGAACCUGGUCCAUAAAGGAGUGAAGGUGGAGCUGGGUCUGCCCUUCGAGCUGUGGGACGAGCCGUCGGUGGAGGUGUCGGACAUGAAGAAACAGUGUGAGAAGAUGCUGGAGCAGUUUGAGGACGUGGUGGAGGACUGGUACUUCAACCAUCAGGACCAGAGACUGGAGAACUUCCUGUGUGAGACCCACGUCCUCGAGACAUCAGAGCAAGAAUGUCUCAACGAGAUGUGGAAAGGAGACGUGGGGAAAAAACUAGGGGCAGAGGAGGCAGAGAGCGACGGCGCCGAGGAGGAGGAGGAGAAAGCGAAUGACGGAAAGGAGGAGGAGGGAAAGACACACGAGGAGCUGUGAGGAAAGCAUUCUCGAAAAAGGGCAAAUGCAGAAGACAACACAAAACCUCAGCUUCGGAAUCUGGCAGGAAAUCAACGGACAGAAACGGAAAUUAUGUGGAGAGACAUGUUUCCAGCUUUUUAAACCUUUGAGUGAAAGUUUAUAGAUUAAAUCUCAACACAGUCUCUGUUGCCAAAUCAUGUUCUAGUCUACAUUGAGAGUUACAACAGUGUGAGAUGAUGCUUUAUACAAUUUAUCACAAAAAUCCUCUUAUCUUUAUAUAACUGCCGCCUGCCUUUUUAUAAACUGUUGCACCUUUUUAAAACACUCGAAUAUUUGGAGGGAAGGUUUGAAGCCCUGAGCCUGAAACAUCUGUUACAACCGUCUCCAUGCAAACUUUAUAUGGUACAUAGGAACUUUUUUUUUAAAGAUCUUUAAAUGCAAUAUGUACAGUUUUUCAUGUGGAAUAAAAUGCUUUUUAUAUUAA